GCGUUUCUUUCUGAUAUGUGAUGACUGUUUCACACGUGAUUAGACAUACAAUAUUGGGAGUGCAUUUUGCAUUCUUCGUCAUUUCUUUUUGAGUUAGCUUGAACAGAGCAGCAGAAAGAUCAAAAGCGUUAAUUAAAUGCUAAGAGUGUUCAACGUCUUACAGUUUUGUCCUUAUUUCUGUAUUCAUAGGAAAAGACUGAAAUUGUCCGAUCAUGGCAUGGACAAAUUAUCAAAAAGCUUUGGCUUUGUUGAUGGUUGUAACUGGAUCUAUAAACACAAUAGCUACGAAGUGGGCUGACAAAUUAACUUCAAAAAAUAGUAAAGGUGAUAUUACCGAAUUUAAUCAUCCAUUUUUACAGGCAUGUGGCAUGUUCUUGGGAGAAUUAUCUUGUCUCCUACUUUUUAAAAUCAUUGUAUGUUCAGGCAAGCCAUCUCAUUUGGUAGGAACAGAAGAUAGCAAGAUACCUACAUCUGGGUCUUUCAAUCCUUUUAUAUUUCUUGCUCCAGCACUCUGUGAUUUAACAGCAACAUCUACUAUGUACGUUGGAUUGAAUCUCACUUAUGCAUCUAGUUUCCAAAUGUUACGUGGAGCUGUUAUUGUUUUUACUGGCCUUCUAUCAGUUGCAUUUUUGGAUAGACACCUGAAAAGAUAUGAAUGGCUUGGAAUUUUUAUUGUGAUUAUUGGACUUAUUUGUGUCGGUCUGUCAGAUAUAAUCAAUCCUGACGAUUCUGCUAAUUACAGUCAAAACAGUAUUAUAACAGGUGAUCUGUUAAUUAUAAUGGCACAAAUUAUUGUAGCAACCCAAAUGGUUAUUGAAGAGAAAUUUGUGAGCAAGUACAAUGUUCCACCUUUACAAGGCGUUGGAUGGGAAGGUCUAUUUGGAUUUGUCACUUUAAGUAUAUUAUUAGUGCCUAUGUAUUACAUAAAAGUAGGACACAGUAUAUUCAAAAAUCCUGAUGGCCAAAUGGAAGAUGCUAUUGAUGGGUUUAUUCAAAUAUCCAACAACUGGAGAGUUGCUUUAGCUAUUACAGGUACUGUUGUAAGCAUUGCUUUCUUCAACUUUGCUGGGCUAAGUGUUACAAAAGAAAUGAGUGCUACAACUAGAAUGGUUUUGGACAGUGUUAGGACUUUUACUGUGUGGAUAUUUUCAUUGAGUGUUAAAUGGCAAAAAUUUUAUUGGUUACAAUUAGUAGGUUUUUUAAUUCUUUUAAUUGGUAUGUGUUUGUAUAAUGAUGUAUUUAUAAGACCCUUAUAUAACCAACUUCGUGCUAAAUAUGGCAAAAGUGAAGAAACUGAGCCAUUACUUAGGAAUUCAGAUGAAGAGUCAUCUAGUCCAUUAAUAAAAUCUGGCUCAACAAGUAUAAAUGCAUAA